CACGAGUGAUCGAAUAAGCUUUAUUUAUAACCAAUUUUCGAAUAGUGAUGACACUUGUGUGGCCUGACUCGAACGUUGGUAAAUGUUUUAUUGGAUUUUUAUAGUUGGAGCGUUUCGGUAACAAUUAAGUUUAGGGUGGUUUUUUGAGUGGUCUCAGCUGGUAGAUACCGUUUCUUGAAUCUGCCACACUGUUUAACAUAUUACGCGACUGUUUGCAAAUUCCGUAACUUGUUCGUAAUAAUUUUACCGAAUGAUUGUUCGUUGUCGGGCGCAUGUUCGAUUGUACAGUCGUUUGUCCAGCUGUUCUGGCGGCGGUGGUGUUGCAAACAAUGCCAUUAAACUGACACCACAUCUGACGAAAAGCCGGCUGGUUGCAUUUCAUUCUCCGCUCCGAUUCUUAUCGCGUAUCCAAGCGCCCCUUCCCCCUCACUGCAACGGCCCGCUCCGCCCGUUCCGCCCGUUCCAGUUCGAUGCUAAUGAUGUGUGUAUGCAACUGACAACUCCAUUCCGAAUGAUGCACUCGUGACAGGUGCGGCGACUCAUCACCUCCUUCCCCAUCGUCAGCGUCAGCCUAGGUGCGGCGUGUCCAACAUGACACUUUCGAUAGUAAUCUGGUUACAGGUGCCGGUUGGGCAUUGUCGCAAUGCUGGUAAUGCUGGAUGCUCCAACUUUCACACGUUUGAGGCACGCUACUUCCGACACAGUACCUAGUGUUCGCGCGCCGUGAGACCUUCCGCGAAUGAUCGAUGGUGACUGGCCCGCGUGGUGGGUUCGGGUGGUGGUAAAUCAAUGCCCGGCGAGCAUAAUUAUGCUGUAAAUCUAACUGAUGCUGCCAGCUCCCACGCGUUCGUUUGCAGCUUCGAUGUGAACUUACUAUAUAAGCCCGAUGUGGACAGGGGCCCAGAAGGACAGACCGAGUUGGUGGAAGUUGAGAGUAACAUUUCUUGGAGCUGACAAGAUUAGUUCGCUGCGCUCCGAUGCACUUAUCGAUGGGUAAAUUGAGCACACUGCUGGUGGGUCUCGCAAUGGCCGGUGCCGUCCUGGGCGGAAAGACCAGCUCCAGCUCCAAAUGUCAGGAAAAGUCCCUAACGACGGCCAGCGGACUGAAGGCACCAUCCGGUCCGUUCUGUCCGGGGGAUCUAAUUUUCGAGGACACGUUCGAUGGAUUCGAUCUGGAUACCUGGCAGCACGAGAACACGCUCGCUGGCAAUACGGAUUCCGAGUUCCAGUGGUUUACCAACAACCGUACGAAUUCGUUCGUUCGCGAAGGGAACCUCUUCAUUCGACCGACGCUGACGGUGGAUGAGUUCGGGGAGCCGUUUUUGCGCUCUGGAGUGCUGAACGUCCACGGCGGCUCACCGGCAGAACAAUGCACCAAACAUUCGCCGGACGGUUGCGAACGUACUGGGUCCCACGGGCAGGUGCUGAAUCCGGUGAAGAGCGCCAGCAUUCGGACGGUCGACUCGUUCGCAUUCAAGUACGGGAAGGUAGAGGUAAGUGCCAAGCUGCCGGCCGGUGAUUGGCUUUGGCCGGCGAUUUGGUUCCUGCCGAAGGUAAACGCGUACGGCCGCUGGCCUGCGUCCGGCGAGAUCGAUCUGCUCGAAUCGAAGGGCAAUCGGGAUCUGAUUAAGAAUGGCAUCAAUGUCGGCAUCGAGCAGGUCACGUCCACGCUUAAGUUCGGUCCGAACGCGGCGUACGGUAGCGGGUACGGUGCUCCCGGCACUUCCUUCACGCGCAACUCGGAAUCGGGCAAGGGGUACCAUACCGGGUUCAAUCGGUACCAGAUGGAAUGGACGCCCGAUCAUGUAACGUUCAGCAUUAACGACAUCGAGACGGGCACGGUGAAGGUCGGUACUGGCUUUUGGCAGAAGGGCAACUUCAACAUCAGUACGCCCGGCAUCGAUAAUCCGUGGCGGUACGGCAGCAUUAUGGCCCCGUUCGAUCAGGAGUUCUACUUCAAGAUAUCGGUGGCCGUCGGCGGGUCGGAGUACUUCUCCGACGAUGACAUUAAUCCGACGCACAAACCCUGGCACAAUGGGGCACCGAACGCGAUGACCGAGUUCUGGAAUGGCAAAAAUGAUUGGUUGCCAACGUGGAAGCUGGACGAUGCCGACUCGAAGGAUGCAUCGAUGCAGGUGGAUUACGUGCGUGUUUGGGCUCUGUGAUGGAGGUUGG